AUGCGGCUUCGGUCUGCCGUAUCGGAUGGGAAGGGGAAGCCCGUCAACGCAGUGACACGCUCUCACAAGGCAAACGAUCGUGACCACAAGGGCAUCGCCGAGGGCACCGCGCUGCCCGUCGAGGCGAUGCCCAAGUUCUUUGCCAAGAGCGGCUUUGCGGACGUAGACCCCAAGAAGAUCAAGAAGGACGGUGGUGGUCGAGGCAACUGGGGUAGUUAUGGCGACGACAUUGCCAACGAGAACUUCACCUUUGUCAACCCCCGCCGCCGCUCCAACAGCUUCUCCAUGUCCCACCACGUCAACGACUUCAAGACAAAGUUCGAGGUCCACGAGCCCGAGCCCGUCUUUGAGGAGGCGCUCCACGGCCCCAUGCAGGAUGGCGAGAAUCUGGCCAAGACAGAUUCCUCAGAGAGCGGGCGAUCCACGGACUAG